ACGGUUGAAGCCUUCAAGCCCACGUUCCGCAAUUAAACCGACCUAACCUCAUCAAUUACGCUAUAAAACCGCUUCAUUCUCUUUCUUCCCUCAUCUUGAAACUUCGAUCAUCCGUUUUAAUCUUAGAUUCUUUCUUUCGCACCUCCUUCUCUCAUUCAUUGUUUAUCUGAAGAUUCGAUGGCUCGUACGAAGCAAACUGCUCGCAAGUCCACCGGCGGCAAGGCUCCAAGGAAGCAGCUCGCCACGAAGGCUGCAAGAAAAUCUGCUCCAACAACCGGUGGAGUUAAGAAGCCUCAUCGAUACCGCCCUGGAACUGUUGCCCUACGUGAGAUCCGAAAGUACCAGAAGAGUACCGAGCUUUUGAUCCGCAAGUUGCCAUUCCAACGUCUCGUUCGUGAAAUAGCUCAAGAUUUCAAGACUGAUUUGAGGUUCCAGAGCCAUGCGGUUCUUGCUCUUCAGGAGGCUGCGGAGGCGUAUUUGGUGGGAUUGUUUGAGGAUACCAAUUUAUGCGCUAUCCAUGCGAAGAGGGUGACCAUUAUGCCCAAAGACAUUCAGCUCGCCAGGCGUAUUCGUGGCGAACGUGCUUAGUUUCAUUCUCUAUUACUUCUUUAGAUAUCAAAUUUUAUUUUCCCAUUGUAUAGGUGCCCUAACAGUGAAUGAUAUCUUCCUUUUUUUGGUUGUUUCUUUCGAAUUAUGGAGAAAUAUAAUUAGAUCUUGUUCCGAUUUGCUAAAUUUAUUU